AUGGUGACCAGGGAGCCAAACGGUAACGGGACGGCAGCUGCCCCCAGCCCCAGCGCCCGCCCCGUGACAAUGGCACCUGGCCGGGAAAAACUGGGCAAGAGCAGCAACGCCCCCUCACUCCAGCAGCUCCUGAGGGAAGAGGAGCUGCUGAAGAAGGAGGAUGACUACCAGAAUCUGGUUAAAAGCUGGCAGUGGGGCCGUGUCCUCUGUCUCCAGAGGGAGAAGCAGGAGGAGAAGAGGCUGGUGAAGGGCUGCCAGAACCUGCGGGCCGGCGUUGCAGAGGAGCUUCGCUUCGCGAACAAGGCGCUGCUGAUGGUCCGGCGCGCGGCCCUGCGCUACCUUCUACACUGCGAACACCUGCAGCACCAGCGGGAGCUGAACCAUGGGGGGAAGUCCUUCUAUGUGGAGAGGCUGUGAGCGCCCAGCUCUGGGGAGCUGCAACCUGCCCACACCGGCCCCCUCGCUCCGCCAAACUGCGACCCACAGCGGCCCAGGUUUCCAGGGGACCCCAGGCUCUGCACCUUACAGCACUUCCCCGUCCCGCC